GAUCGUAGGUAAACAGUAAAAUAAAAAACCCAAUUGGGGUUCAAUCGGUGGACUAGGUAUUAGUUGAGGAUGCUGCUGUUCAAAGGAUACACGUGGGGGAGAUGUAAACUAGGAAUAGUUAUCUGGUUCCAAAUCACGUGAGAUGAUGAUGUUCUGAAGGUGGGUGAUAAACUAUGUGGUGAGUGACAUUUAAGCGGCGAUAUGUCCGGCUUUAGAGGUGGAAGGAUCAAUUUGGCCAGGUUUUGCAAGGAGGUGCUGUCACUUUUGUGUUUCUUAAGCUGUGAUUUGCAUAGGGGCAGCCGAUUAACCUGCAGUUGCGCACCGUCUGCAACAUGUGUCAUUUCAUAGGGUGGGAAGAUCCAAUGCUCUUUAAGGAAAGAUAUGUUUUUGAAAUGGGGGGAUAAAUUUAUUGAGGGGAAUGUUUACAAGAUAACCUUUGGAAGACUAAUUCCAAAUAUGGGAGGUUACCGUGCAACUGAACACCCAUACAAGAUUUUUUUCAUUGACAAUACUACUGUGGUUCAAUGUGAGAACACCGAAAUUCCAAUGUGGGGAUUGUCACUGAAGAAUUCUGAUCAAGUUAGAGCUGUUUCUGGGCAAGCUGAUCAUUUAGUUGGAUUGUUGACAUCAGUUAUUGAAGAAAGGACAUGUGUGAAGAAGUCAACAACCUCUAAGAUGAUGAUAAUUGAGCUUGCUGAUGACAAGGGUAAGAUUGAAUGUGUAUUGUUUGAUGAGCAUGCAAGAUUUGUAACUGAGUAUCUGUCUAUGCAUUCAACUGAAGAAGCAAUAUUGGUAUUCCAGUUUGCCAAAAUUAAAACAUUUAGAGGUAAAACUGUUCUUCAAGGUGUGACUGGUGCAUCGAGGCUCAGUUUUAAUCCCCAAAUACCAGAGGUUUUGGAAUUUUGGAAUGGUAGGAUUGCUUUGCAUGGCUGUGAUGGUAAUCAGCAACUCGGAGUUGAUGUUAUUGACAUAGGGGUGGUUUCAUUAUUUGAUGAUUUUAUAAAGAAUCACCCACAGAAGUCUGUUCGAUCUUUGAAUGAGACUAUGGAGGAUGGGGAGUUUAUUGUUAGGGCUAAAAUAAUGUCUCUCCUACAAGAUGACAAUUGGUGGUACCUAGCAUGCAAGUGCCAUCGUGCUGUAAUUGUUGAAGAUGGUCAUCAUUACUGCAGUGGAUGUUUUAGGCGCGUGAAUUAUGUUGCUCCAAGGUUUAGAAUAAAGAUACAAGUUUCUGAUGGGGAUGAUUUAGCUGAAUUUGUGAUGCCUGACUUAAUAGCUGAAAAUCUGAUCAACAAGUCUUGUAUGGAUAUACUUAAUGAAGUCAAGGACCCAAAUGCCUUUGAAGUUGCACCUACUAUUGAAGACACAUUGGUGGGAAGAGAUUUGUUGUUUAAGGUUGAGAAGAAAGUGGUAAAUUUAUAUAACUAUGAGGAGCCAUAUCAUGUGAAACGUGUUUGUGAUGAUUCAGAUAUUAUAAAGGCUUACAUGUCCAAUUCAUCUGCUGAGACUCCUAUUUUGGCAAAGUUUACUGGUGCAUUUUCUGUUUUGAAUGUGGAUGACUAUGACAUUGAUAUGGAUAUUGAUUUACUGACAACCUGUAUUGAGCUUGGGGUUCCUGAUUGUGUUAAGCCUGGAUAUGAAAGGAGUAAAACUGAACAUGGGAGUUGUUCUAAAUCCUACAAGAGAAAGCUGGAGGAAGAAUUUGAUGAGGAGUUUGAUUCAUAUGAUUUUAAGUUGAAGGAUCGAAAGUUUGAGUCAGAUUAGUUGAUAGGGAUUGCUGUGGUUACUUAGGCAACAAAUGGGAUGUUCAUAUUUUGUUAGUAUGGGUAUGUCUUUUUGUAAACCAUACAUUAGUGUAAAGAUCCCUUGGAGGUUAUUCUAGGUGGGGUUUCUAUAGUAAGAUAGAAGCAGUGAUUUUUUUGGUGGAUAUUUUGGCUGUGUAGUCAUUAGCUAAUGACAGGAUUAAAUAGAAUCCUUGGUUAAUUUAUGUAAGUGUUCCAGUCUUUAGUUUGAUCAAUGGAAGUUCCAAAUUUAUUUAUUGGCUUA